CAGUUGGCAGAGGUCUUACUGAUCAGUAACCAUGGGCCCUUGGAUCGAAUGGCAGAAACAACAUCUUGACCUUAUCUGACAAUCACCUCUGGUGAAUACUUUCUACCUGCUUCAAGGGUUUAUCUGAUGGAGACGGUGGCACCUGCUGCGUGAAGGGUUGGGGAUAAAAGGAGGGAGUUCACGCUUGUCUAAAGACAGAAGACGAACCGACGCCCUGAAGAUGAAGUUAAUUGUAGUGGCAGCACUCGCUGUGUGCGCUUUGGUGCCAUGCGUCGAUGCGUCUUCUAGCAGAACCACGACAGUUGCCUGGUGUUACAACGAGCCCGCCUGCAGUGAACUCCAGCACCUGGUCGACCCUCUUUCCUCUGUACUGCAAUGGCAGCAGACAGUCGCCCAUUAACAUUAUGUCGGCCAACGCCACCGCCAACGCCAGCUUGACCGCGUUCGGGUUUCAGAACUUCAACAACAAAUCGGCGAUGACCACGGUGCAAAACAUCGACAACACGGUCAGAGUCACCUUAGGAAGUGGGGUUCAGAUUUCAGGGGGAGGUCUGUCUGGGGCCUACGACACCCUGCAGUUCCACUUUCACUGGGGCAACGGCUCCUCUGUUCCCGGCUCGGAACACACCGUGGACGGGAAGCGUUACGCAAUGGAGAUGCACAUUGUGAGCACCAAGCUGACCUAUAACAGGAACAUAACGCUCGCUACUCAAGACCCCACAGGAGUCGCUGCCCUCGGUUUCUUCAUCGAGCCAAUGUCAGGAAACGCGACUAACUCACCCGCAAGUUGGAGCAACUUGACCUCCUACCUGUCAAACAUCACCACUGAGGGUUCCAUCGUUUCGGUAGCUCCUGGGAUCUCCCUGGACGACCUCCUGGUCGGGGUGGACCGCACCAAGUAUUACCGCUACCUGGGCUCCCUGACGACCCCCAACUGCAAUGAGGCCGUGGUUUGGACCGUGUUCAAGCAAUCCAUCAAAGUCAGCAGCGACUUGAUCAACCUCUUCAGUACAACGGUGCAGUUUGCCAACAGCACGUUGCCUAUGACCAACCUGUUCAGGAGCCUGCAGCCAGCGCAGCCGGUCACGACGCAGCCCGCCAGCUCUGCCGCCACAGUCCACUGCUCCGUGGCGCUGGUGGCGCUGGUGGCCCUGGGUCUGGCUCUGAUCAGGGGUUAGACGUGAACCUGCGUACCUGCUGCUCACCCUCCUCCACGUUCCCACAUACUGUCUGACUUUAGCUCCGUCCAAGUGGCUUUACAUAAAUCCUAUCGCCAUCUACAGUACUCCUCAUAAGCUUGCCUUUAAAUAAAUCAAGGUCAUAACUUAUCUUUGCACAGUUCCAUAUAUUGUCUGUAUAAAGUACAUGCAAUACAUAAUAUACUGUGAAUUAUUCUAUAAUAUUGUACAUUGGUGUAAAUUGACUGUGGCGGCAUUUGGUUCCAAUUUAAAUGUUAUUCUCGAUGUUCCUGUGUUAGUUGUAAAAUCUGUUCCUAUUUGUUGAUCUGUAUGACACACAUAUUUAUAUUUGGGUUUUGCAUUAUUAGUUUCUAAAGAUCUUAUCUUGGAACUAAACAUUUGUCAAAACCAGCACAGACACAUUAGGCAGAUGACAUGACGUCUAAUUCGAACCCUUACUUAAUAAAUUAUUUAUGCUAUGUUAUGCUUAUUGUAAAUAUGACUUCCACAAAAGUCUAAAUUAAAAUAUUCUAUGUCAUUAA